ACACAAAAUUCUACGUGCUCGGCGACUGGACCUAAUGCAUAAAACUGCCCUGCUCCACGCUCGCCGUCGUUAGACAUGCGCCCGCCCACAACAAGCGGGGGGCGGGGGUGCGCGGACGCACUUACCUAAGGCGGCUCCCGCUCCAGCCUUCUUCAGUCGUUCUUUGGUAUCGAUCAGAACCACUGUGUCCUGUGCGCAAUUUUGUAAUCACGAGUUUUCAAAACCGUCGCAAUGGAAUUGGAAAAUGUAAGUUUGGAUCACUUAAAACAGGGGUUAUUAAAGGCGAACUUAUUUCACUUGACCAGACAUUUUGUUGAGACUAAGGUAACGUUUUAUGUUUUAUCUUAUUGAAUUUAUCUUUCAGAUGCACAACCUGCCUCUGAGACAGCGUGGUCGGCCUCGCGGGCACAACCGCGCUCGUCUCUCGAAAGAGCAGCAGAAGGAGCGCAACAAGUAUUACGAACAACUGAGACGCAAAGAAAUCAAGGAAAGGUGGACGGAGCUUGUCCAACUGAUAAACCCUGAAAAGGUGCACCAGCCAAAAAGCGACAAGGAAGUUGCGAUCUACAUAGCGGACUUGGAAGACGACGCCUCAGAUGCGGAGAAAGAAGCGGAACAACUGCGCGCUGACAACGCAAAGCUGCGCAAAAAGUUGCGGAGGCUGCAGGCAUCCCUCAGGAGGCAGGAGUCUCCUCCCAGGAAGCGGGCGGCGCCGGCGGGCGGCCGCGAGUGCGCACCUCAAAGCUUUGUUGAUCAACUGCUUCAUGUAGAGGAGAGUGAAGCAAUGGAUGUUGAUCUGAGCGCUUUUGAAGUUGUUGCCGAGGAAUCAAUACCUUUCUCCGGCGCUAUGGAUGUCCUACCCAGUGAGAUUAUCCUCGGCGUUCUUCCAUCAAAAGAGAAGAUGGAGGAGUGUAACGAAGUUUCUCUAAACAAUCCUAUCACCGACGCAGUAGUGGUACCCGCGGAGCAACAUGAUUCCGGUGUUGACUCUCCCCCAGGAAAUCUCCUUGACCUGCUUCCUGUGUACCCGGAAGAGGAUGCGCUUUUGGAGACCAUAGCGGCCAUGGACAUACCAGAUCCGCUGGAUAUUGACGUGAAUCCCUCAGGAUUCCUUCUGCCUCCACCAGCGACCCACCAGCUUCCCGACGUCACGAGUAAGUCAAUCGUCUUCCUUGAGCAGUGCGAUCACCAGCAAGUCAAGUUCAUCACCGGGUUGUCUAACGCGCGCCGCUUGUCCACAGGUGAGGGGCUGGCGGAGGUGGACCGGUUGGUGGCGCUAUUCUUCAACAGUUGACAGCUGUGAGCCGGAAUUGUUGAGGACAAUUUGAAUUAAAUUCACUCCAAGGAGCAUCGGCCUCGGGAGAUUUUAGGUUAAUUUGCAUGUUAGUGUUAAGUAUUAAAUAGUAGUUUGUAAAAUUCUUGUAAUUAGUUGCCAUUUUAAUGUUUUUAGUGUAAUUUGUUAUCGUUGAAUGUUUAUUUUAUAAUAUACUUUUGUCUAUAAUACAUUUUUGAUUUUUAUUUGUCCACAAAAGCCGUAACAAACAUUUUAUGCAUUACUGCACAUUGUAAAUGUUUAGAACAUAUAUUUUUAAUAAAAAAAUAGUAGAUUUGGAAUACUACCAAAAGUAACGCGAUAGCUGCUACACAAUCGCUGAUUCGUAGCGUGAAUAUAAGUCAACAACACCUACGCCCUCAUAUAAAAGGCAAAUGAUUUAUAAGUGUCGAAGGGAUCGUAUUAUAACGUUUCCUCUCGAUAUCCAGUUCCUGAUUAAACGCUUUGAGAUAAC